AUGAUGAACGACCGCCCUCCCCCGCCGGACGAACCGGACCCGAUCGUCCCCCGCGACCUCAAAGCAAAACGCACCGUGCCGUCACCCCGCAAAGCAGCCACCAUCCGGAGCGCAAAGGGAUCCAUCUUUGGCAAAGCAUCGAUACCCAGCGUCUACUGGGCCGGCGACGAUCCGACGCCCAUGAACAAUGAAGAAUUCACGUUCUACCGCGAGGACACGCCGCCGCUACCUGAUGGCACCGGCGGUGACAAGGCUGCUCGGACGCGGGGGUAUCGGCAGAGCGUGUUCGAUCACGACGAGGAGGAUAGCGAUCGCAAGAGGAAGCGCAAGUGCUGCGGUAUGACGAUGUGGGUGUUUUGGUUGCUCGUUGCUCUGAUUGUUGCGGUUGUUCUCGGAGUUGGUAUUGGUGUUGGUGUCGGCAUUGGCGCGAAUCAAAAGUCGGACCAGAACGCCGCGACGACGAGGUAUGUGCUUCAUCUUCUCUUGGACUUUGACAUGCGCGUGGACCUGUCGAUUAACAAAGCUUUCCUCAAGCUCAACUUCAACGCCCACGCCAACUACUGCUCCUCCAUGCCACGGAGCGGCAGCGACGCAACUGCUACCGAGACAGCAUCAACAUCGAUUCCAACCUCGGUGACCAGCACCUCCACAUCAACGCCAUCUCCAACAGCAACUUCGAGCGGCAAUGCAAUCUGCCCAGACGCGGACAAUACGGUCUACAACGUCAUCGGCUCCGACAAGCGCUUCCUCCGGGUCUGCGGGGUCGACUACAGCGGCGACGACGGCGCCAUCGACAUGUCCAACACGCAGGCGAGCACCAUGGGCGACUGCAUGGAGAUCUGCGCAAAGUCGGCCCAGUGUACCGGCGUAUCGUGGGGCAACGUGAUGAUCAACGGCGCCGCGGAGCUGCGGUGCUGGCUGAAGCGGGACUUGAAAAAGUCGCAUGCAGCGGUAGAGAAUUGGAAUUUUGCCGUCCUGUUAUGA